AUGCCGCUGAGGGACGAACAAGUGUUUAAGAUCUUAAUCGGGAUAGUGAGCAAUCGACCAGACACCAGUCAACAGAACAGGCACGUGUCUAGAACGAGGGACGAGUCCUACAACAAUUCCGGAUCCGGUGAUAACAACACACAAGACAGGGAUCUGUUGAGGUGGCUGGACAGGGCCAAACGUAGCAGAGGAGGAAGAUACCCGGAUGAGGAAGUGGACGACAUAAAACAGCUGCUGAGCAUCCUGGGAAUAUUUCUCACCAUGCUGGUGUACUUCACCCUCUACUGUCAGAUGUCCACAACAUACCGGAUCCAGAGCCGUUACUUGAGGCUCCCGACGCUCGACAAAGACGACUAUUUCUUCUCCACAAUCAUCGUGUCCCUGAUCAACCCUGUCAGUAUCCUGCUGAUGGUGCCGCUCAUGGACCUGGUGGUGUACCCGUGUCUCAGCAAGGUGGGCUGGCGGCCCACAUACCUACAACGCAUGGGUGUUGGGAUGUUUCUGUCCAUGUUAUCCGUGACUGCAGCCGGAGCGGUUGAGGUGUACCGCGGGACGGUCCACCAGCAGGGCCGGGUGGUGCACCAGAACAUCAGCGGGCAGGUGUACAACGCCACGGACCUCUCCGUCUUCAUACAGGUACCUCAGUUCUUCCUCAGCGGCCUCAGCGAGAUCAUGGCUGUCGUCACAGGGUUCCACUUCGCCUACACGCAGGCUCCCCGGCGCAUGAAGGGCACAGUGAUGGGGUUAUUCCUGCUGAUGUUCGGUCUCGGAACCUACCUCAGCAUCGGGAUAUCAUCGGCGUUUAACAUCACGAUUGAAGGCAUCGGCAGUCCUCGUGACCUGAACAUCAACCUGAACAACAGCCACGCCGAAAGGUUCCACUUCUUCCUAGCGGGGCUGAUGUUCCUGGACCUGGGUCUGUUCUGGGUCCUGGCCAGCCGAUACAAGUACAAGACUUACCUGACAAAGGCCAAAGAUUUUGAAAGAAGUACGAGUUGUAGCUCCCCUAGGGAUUACGGUUCAAUAGAUCCGAGCUUCAAUUCUAUACAGUAG